AUGGAGAUCGAGAAAAGACGUUCCAAGGGAAGCUUCCUCAGCUUCUUUGAUUGGAAUGGGAAAUCUCAAAAGAAGCUGUUUUGUGACAAUCCCAACUUACCUGUCUUUCUCUCUAGUGAAUGUGAUGUUCCUAUUCUAAGCACUUCUGCUACGUUAAUUGUAGAAGUUUCAAAGCAAGGAAAGGAAAACAUGGACAAAAUGCCAAUGUCACAGGACAAAAGGAUAAAGAUGGAUGAUAGUGGAGCAAAUGCUAGUAAUAUUGUAAGUCGUGAUUUUAACUGUGCCUUAUCAACUAGUAGUGAUGAAGGGUGUGGGACUAAAGCCCCAGGGUUAGUAGCCAGACUCAUGGGUUUGGAUUCAUUGCCAGUUUCAACAGUGUCUGAGCUCUCCUCCACUUCAUUAUGUGGCUCCAACUCUCUUGGAUCUUCUCAUUGUCAUGAGGGUGCUCUUCAUUCAGUGGCUGAUUAUUUCCCUGUGGAUUCCAUAACUAUGCCACUUAAGCCAGAGAAGUCUUCUUGGGGUUCCAGGGAAUCAAAGGCUCAGAAAGUGGUAAACCUGUCAAUAAAGAGAUUUCAAGCUGAAAUGUUGCCUCCAAAGUCUGCUAAACCCAUUCCAGUUACUCACAACAAACUUUUGUCUCCUAUCAAGAACCCUGGCUAUAUACAACCUAAGAGUGCAGCUCAUACUAUAGAGGCAGCUGCUAAGAUAAUUGAGGCAAGUCACCAGCCAUAUAUGAGGAAUAGAAUGUCUUCGGUUGGAUCUUUAUUUGUUCCAUUAAGAAUUCUUGAUCUGAAAGAGAAAUUGGAAGCUGCGCAAUAUGAAUCCAAGCUCAUCGGUCUGCACACGACUAACCCUGUGAAUGGCAAGCUUAGUGAGAAGAGGAACAACUUAUAUAAAUCCACUCCAUCAGAAAAAAAUAGUUCUCGCCAUUUAGCAAGUAAAGGAAAAUCUGCUUCGCUUGCAAUACCAUCCAAAGCCAAUGUUCAGAACAGAGAUAUGCCGACUUUGAAUGGUAAUAGGGAAUGUAUGAAACAGAAUGAGAAAAAAUCAAACCAAUUAUCCAGGAGCCAGAAGAAACAAAUUACAGACCGGGCCAGGGUCGUGCAACAGAGAGCUUGUACUGGCCAGAAUAGCAAUGAACUUGGGCAGAAUAAUCAAAAGCUGAAUAGUGUAACCACCAAAUGUAAAUCCACUUCAAAAGUGAACUCCAAUAAGCCAACACGAACUUGGUCUUCAGAAAGUUCAGCUGGUUCAAGGAAGAAAACAAACAAGGGUGCUGUAAAUGCCAACAUUGAGCCCAAAAGGUCAAGCACAAGGGUAAGUGAUACCCAAAAGGAGUUUCCAGUAUCCAAAAAAAAGAGUAUUUCCCAAAUGAAAAGGUAUAUUCAUAGUGAUGUUCAGAAUGAGGCAAAAGGUUCUGAUGAUGCAGUUAAUAGUUAUGAAAGCAAGUCCAUAAAAUGCAAUAUUACAACUGAUGGAAAUAUUGACCAGGAUGCAUUUAGCAUGAAAGAAAACAAGGAUGUGAUUUCAUUUACAUUUACGUCUCCCUUGAGGAGAAACAUACCUGAGUCACAGUCCUCUACUGAGCAAGUGAUGGGAACAAGGAACAGAAUUAAUGUCAAUUCUUAUGGUCAUAUUGAUAAGCUUUCUCCCAAAAAAUUGUCAUUAUCUCCUUCUACGUUACAUGUGAUAGAUGGUGAUGCUUUAAGUGCCCUUCUGGAGAAAAAGCUGCAAGAAUUGACAUCUAAAAUUAACCCACCUCAAUGUGCCUUGGCCACAGAAGGGUCUUCCGUUGGUUUAAGAUCUAGUUUAGAAGACAAAAGGGAACAAGACAGAAGCUUUCACCCCAACCUGCUUAGUAAUAAAUUGGACAGCAUGCAUGACAAUUGUUGUUCUUCAAGUGAUAAUUUUGUGCUUAACAUGAAUCAUCAACUGCAGUCAUCAGAACCAAUGGAAGAGCCUAGCUGUAGCAGCGAUAGUGAAAGCGGAAAUGGUCUAAGUUGUCUCCACAAAAGAGCUGUUACAGUUUUUGAAAAUAAUUUUUUCAGUGAAAGUUACUUGGAUAGUGAAGAUAGUAUAUACGGCAGCACAGUUUAUUCUUCCAUGCAAGAUGAAGAAGUAUCUGAUUUUUCUCCAAUAAAUGAAUCUUUGUCACUUGAAACUGACAUGAAAUUGUCUGAGCAAAACUCUUACACGGAGGUGAGAGGUAACAUGGCUAUCCAACAAUUAAGUGUAAUGCCAAAUUCGGGCAAUUUUACAAGAUCAACAAGGAACAUGGAACUUGAAUAUAUAAAGGAUAUACUCAGCAAUGCAGAGUUGAUGGUAGAAGAAUUCGUGGUGUGUCAGACAGAUAAGAUCAUAAUGCCAAAUCUCUUUGAUCUGUUGGAGAAUCAGAGAAAUGGGGCAGAAAACUAUGAAGAGUAUUCUAAGCUUGAGAGGAAGGCUAUAUUUGACUGUGUAAGUAAUUGCCUAGAAUUAAGAUGUAGGCAAGUUUUUGUUGGAAGCUGCAAAGCAUGGCCUAAAUGGGCAGCAUCAGUUCAGAGGAAGAACUGGUUAGCAGAAGAAUUGUACAAGGAGAUACUGGGCUUUAGAAGCAUGGAAGAAGAGGUGAUGGUGGACAAGCUUGUCAACAAGGACAUGAGUAUUCCAUGGGGUAGAUGGCUUGACUUUGACAUUGAAGCCUUUGAAGAGGGUUUAGAACUUGAACUUGACAUAGUAACUAACUUGAUUAACGAAUUAGUUUUUGAUUUGUUACUUGUUUAAUCCCUUGGUGGUUUACAUUUUCCCCAAUAUAUCUGAUAUAUGUACAUGGAAGACAUGUAUGUUUUAU